AUGGAUGAGAGACACUGGUGGAUAGCUGGCAAAGUGCAGCAGGCGCUGGACAAUGGCACCGAGGAGAGUUCCGCCGCCUUAGAAGCCUUCAUUCUGGAAGAUGCCAACCUCCAGCUUAUCAACAGGUUUCUGCAGGCUGGAGGACACCAAGCCAUCUUUUUCUUGGUAGAAACAAGUGACAAAACGAAUCCAUUAACCUGGAAAUUCCAUCUCAAGACUGAUCUCCAAAAGUUGGAAAGUGUGCAUAUAAAGGAAUCUUUUCCCACAUUACUUUACUUUCUACGUUUUGAGAUAAGUCAUGACAUUGAUGCUGGAUUGAUGGAGAAAGAAAUAUUCUGUGGUGAGAUAAAGGAAAACCCAGUGGAGAGUCUUAGAUGCUUAUUAAACGAAUUAUACAUCCCCCUUCUACGUGCUCAAAAAGACUGGGGCUUCUGCAGCCAGGAGAAUGUCGAAGGUUUUCUUUCAGGCCUGGAGAAAUAUGUUUCAUCUAUUGAUGAAGCAGCCACCAUACCUGAUCUGGAAAAACAGCAUAUCACGAUUUUGAAGAGACCGCAGAAUAUUGUCAGCCCUGACUUUCUUCUACAGAGGUCUGUAGUUCUAGACCCAGAGAUUGUCAGUGAAAAUGAAACCCUUAUUUCUGAGUGGAUAAAAACCAUUGAUCAGGUUUUGAUAGAAGUCAUUGAUGAAAGGGUGCUAGACAUUACCACAACUCCUCUGACUGAACUUGAGCGUUGGCACCACAGACAGAAAAUAUUGAGUUUAAUAACUGAACAGUUACGAGGAAAAGAGUGUAAAUCUGUCCUUGGUAUUAUGAUUUCUUCAAAAUCGCGUCUCCUAAAGAGAUGGAAAGCAGUUGAUAUCAGUAUUACAGAGGCAUUGAAUGCUACUAAGGAUUGUGUUAAGUACUUGGAAGCACUUUAUCGUCAUUUUGAUGCUUUGAGCACAGACUACAAUCCAGAAAACAUCAUAAACAGUAUUCUACCAGGUUUCUUCAACAGUAUCCAACAAAUGGAGAUGCUAUCACGACACUUCUCAAAGAAUGGAUAUUUGGGACUACUGCUCACGAAGGUAUCAAACCAGUUGGCUCUAAAUUGCAAGUCUUUUCUAAAAGAAAUAAUUUCAGUAGAAGAUUCUAAGGAUCAACUUUGGGAAAUUUUAAGGGAGCACAUCACCAAAGAUAAAAAGGAAGUAGUAUCAGUGAGUGGUUUCGGAGAAGAAAGAAUCCCCAAAAAGGAGAAAUUCAAAGUAAAAGUGUUAAAAAGUGCCAGUAAUUUUUAUGAACGAAUUCAAGCCUGCCUGGCAGUAUACACUUGCUUUCAAGAAGAAGUACAACGGCUACGUGAAUGGUUAUCAGGGUCACAUGGACUUCAGAGAUACUCAUCUCUAAGUUCUGUUUCCACUGCACCCGGGAGAUUGUCUUCUUUGCAAACCUCCAAAACGAAUAAAACCAACAUGAAGGUGACACUGUCAGUACAAUCCAGCUCCGACCAACAGCAUGACUACCAAAGCUGUGGUGUGGCUAUAACAGAUGAUGACACAAUCAUGUAUCACUUGGAAGCGCUGAGCAUCAAGCUGAAGCAAAUGUUAGACAUAGCAGACAAGCUGCAAGAGUAUAAUAUAUUAUCUAAGAUGACAGAAGGCUUGAAAAAACCUGCCCAGGAAGAUCUCAUGGAAGAUGAAGAUUUUGAAUCAGAAAGUGUCUUUGACAUUGCUAUGCAAGAAGAUGCAAAAGAGACAGAUGUCCAGACUGAACCUUCCUCAUACCAGCCUCAAAUUCUGAGACAAAUUACAAGUACACCAGGAAAAUUGCAGACUCUUAUCGAGGAAGAUGAACCUCAGAUGUUUGUGGAAGACUCCUCCAUGCUAAAUGUCCCAUCUGUGAAAUGCGAGGAUAGUUCUACCAAAGCUGUAUCCGAUUUGAAAAAUGAUCAACUCACACCAAAUACAGAAGAAGACAAAGAAACUGGGCUUUCCAAUGAGGAGAAACACAUGUUAGCUAACCUGUACAACAGAGAAGAUGUAGAUGACGAUGAGUGCACUCUGUCCGCUGUUCUUUUGGAAAAACUGGAGCAGAUGAUUGAAGUGCUGACUCAGUAUAUAGAUGCAGAUAUAUUACUGGAUACAGAGAGGAGGCAUUGUGACCCCUUUGAAGAAGCUUAUUCAGAAUUCUUAGUCAUGAACCAACAAGUAGAAAAGUACAUUUCUGUAUACAUACAAGCUUUGUUCCUCAGACAAAUGCCCUGCAAGGAUGCCCUUUCUAUUAUUCAAAGGUUUUCUAUUGUCAGUCACAGGCAAGGGAUACAGCACAUUAUCAGUGAGUGCUAUGUGGAGGUAUUUGACUGGUUCUACCUUGAACUGAAGGACAUUCAACAAGUAUAUGAAACCUAUAAGGAUGAGCCAGUUUUACCCAGAAACAUGCCACCUGCAGUAGGAGCUAUUGUCUGGUCAAGGAAGUUGAUGUCAAGAAUUGAAAACUCCAUGAAGGUUUUCAAAAAUGUACGAAUUGUAGCUACAUGCCUCACUUAUUCAGAUACUGUAAGACUGUACAACAGAAUAGCUUCUGCCUUGGUGUCAUAUGAAGACAUGUGGUUUCAGAAGUGGAAGUCACAGAUAGACAAAGGUCUAAAUGGACUUCAUUUUACAUUACUUACCCGGGAUCCUGUUUCACAGCAGCUUAUGGUGAACACAGAUAUGAGAAUACUUCAACUGAUUGAAGAGACAAAAUGGAUGUUGAGACUUGGGAUCCGUGUUCCAGAGACAGCUCUGCUAGCAUUUCAUCAGGCAGAAAAAUUUAAAAUGUAUAGAAGUAAUUUAGAAGGUGUUGUGAAGGAAUAUGGAAGAAUUCAACAAGAGAUCCCUGAAAACUUUGCAGUCUUGUUCUCCCCCCAUCUGGAGCAAGCGAAUCAUCAGUUCCAGCCCGGACUAUCUACUUUAUCAUGGAGUAGUGUCAACAUAGAGGGACUCCUCCACCAGUCCAGUGCUGCUGUAAAACGGCUGCAAAGUAUUGUUGCUAAAGUUACAGAAAUUAAAGAGAUGGUGAUAGAAAAGACCCUUGAAGAGAUCUCCUAUUUCGAUAUGAUUCCAAUGGAUGAAUGUACAAGUGCACCAAAAACUCCUGAUGAGUUUUUGCAGCUUAUGCAGAUAUCUUUGAUGGAAAAGAAAACCAAAGUGGAAACCAUGGCAUGUCUCAUUAAAAAGGGAUUUGAAGAUAUCUUAAAAAUACUAAAGAAGUUUCAGGAUUCCAUUCCAGAAAAUAGCAGACCAUCUGGCCAUUUGAGAAAUACAUCUUCUAAGUCUUUGACCAAAAAAUCUUCACAUAAAUCUCAGAUAAUGUCUAGAGAUGACUCCAGUAAAGAGUACCCUGAAGAAGUUACCAGACGAGUCCUAGAGUCAAUUAGUCAUCAGCUUUAUCAAGCUGUAUACACUUGCAUUUUGCGUUCCUUAGUCAUCCUAGCACAGUUAGCAGGAUGUGAAGUGGAACAUAUUGCAAGAGGCUUCUCAGAUGUAUUAAAUAAAGCACCAGAUGGACCAAACUCCCAACAGAAUAAGCCUCUAGUUAAUGAACAUAUGUUUAAAGAAAUGCUUUUCAGAUCUAGAAUUCAAGCACAAAAGUUAAGGUUUAGAUUGUCCCUCAAGUUUCAGAUACCACAUAUUCUGAUAGAUCCUUCUACAGAAGUAGCUGAAGAUGCCUUGCAUCAGGUUGUUCUUUCCAUCAUAGAUCUCAGCAGCUAUUUGAACUGGUGGUCAGGAGAGAAAAAAGGACAACCAUUCCAUGUAGAUAUGGCUACAGAUAAGCUGCUGCAAUAUAUUACAACUAAGGUUGUGGAAUCAGUAAGAGAUGUAAAUCCUGUGGUUAAGAAGCAUGUAUUGACCCUAAGCUGCUAUGACUUCUUGUGGGCGGACAACAUGUAUAGACAGAGUGAAGAGUUCUUAACUAGCAAUCCAAGCCUUGCUGCAGUGCACAAGGAAGUGAAACGAUUUCUCAAGAUUGAAGAACAAAUAAAGGAAUACCCUGAAGUUUUGCCAUUAGGCUGUAUUUGCCUCGAUUAUUCAUUAAUAAAAGAGACAUUAAAAGGCUUUGUUGGAAGCUGGAAGUGUCAUUAUGCAAAUAUUUUACAUCAGCGCGUAAAAGAAGAACUUUUACAUGUUGUACAAUAUCGAGUAAAAGCAUGGCAGCAGCUCACAAUGCCAGUAGAAAGCUUGGAACAGUUAAACUCCAUUUUAGCGCUACUAGAAGAACUGCAAAAUAUGGAAAAUAAGAUUGAUGAAGUGUACCAACCUAUAGAAAUCACAUAUGAACAACUAAGGUCCUAUCAGCUGCGUAUCCCAAGGGAAGAAGUAAAUGAUGUAACAAACUUGAGAAAUAAAUGGGAUGAAUUAAUGGAUCUUACCAGUGUCGUAAAAGAUGAUUUACUGAAAGAGAAACAGGACAUCUUUAAGCAAGAGCUUGACAAACAAGUUAAAAGCUUUGUCGUGGAGGUAAUCCAGUUUAGGAAUCGCUUUGAUACACAAGGUCCAGCGGCCCCUGGCGUGAAGCCAGAGGAAGCUGUGACUCGACUGCAUGAUUUUAAUGAGAAAUACCAGGCAUACGAUGCUAACAGGAAAACCCUGAUCUCGGUGCAAAAACUUUUCAAUAUCGUUCCAAAGAAAUUUUAUGAGUUGGACAGGACUGGAAAGGAUUUGGAGCUAACUGGGAACUAUAUAUCUGUUCCGAAGUUCAUUGAGUUUGACCAGCGAUUCCGGAACACACUUUGGGCAGAUGUAGACCUUAGACUAAAUAACCAAGAGGUUGAACAAUAUUUUUCUGAGUGCAAGAUUUGGAGUGAUAAACUGAAGGACUGGGAUGCAUACAAUGAAAUGGCUCGAGAUAUCAAAUUUUAUGAAGAUGUCUUCCCUAUUCUACAUGAAUUAAAAUCGAAGGAAAUUCGGAAUCGUCACUGGCUUCAGGUCAUGUCUGUAACAGGAAGCUCAUUCCCACUUGAAGCUAAUGUCUUUAAAGUGUUCCACCUUCUGGACAUCGGGCUAUUAAAGUUUAAGAAGCAGUUAAUGUCAAUAGCAAAAGCAGCAAAGAAGGAAAUGGAGCUGGAAAUUAAAAUGAGAAAGGUGGAAGAAGAAUGGAGUGAACAGAUCCUGAGCUUCAGACCUUACAAAAACAAAGUGUUGUUAGUAAAGGAUGAGUCCCUUAUUUUACUGGAAGAGUUAGAAGAUGCCCAAGUGCUUAUUGGACAAAUGCUGACCUCAAAGGAAAUUGAUCCUCUAAGAGAGGAAGCAACUACCUGGGCAGAGAAACUAAAACGUGUGGGUGAUGUUUUGGAGCUGUGGAUCGAUGUCCAGGAGUUGUGGCUGCACCUGGAGGAAGUGUACAGUAAUCCUACUAUUAGCCAGGAACUGCCACGGGAUACAAGAAGAUUUGCAAAAGUUAACAGACGAUGGACGUUGAUGAUGAUUUCAGCAUACAAGACAAAAAAUGUCCUUCAGUGCUGCUGCACAGGAGAUGUCCCCAAAGAGGUUCUUCUAAGACACUUCUACCUGGAACUUGAGAUCUGUUUUUCUGCUUUGAAUUCUUACCUUGGCAGAAUGAGACAGACUUUCCCUCGCUUCUACUUCUUGUCAGAUUUGGCUUUGAUGUCUGUUCUUAGCCAACCCUAUGAUAUCAAACAUCUUCAACAUAAUUUAAGGUGCUUGUUUAGUGGGGUUUCCUCUAUCGAAGUGGAGAAUGUCGAAGAAGAGGAAAGUGUGAUCUCUGAUGAAGAAGAAGUUGAAGCAACUGGACCACUUCUUGAUUUUAUAAGUGUCCGAUCUGGAAAUGAAGGUUGGCUAUCAACAGGGCAAAGAAGCACAACACAUGUCACGGACACAGAAAGCAUAUUUCAAAGAUCUUUAAAAUCUGCUGGUAUAUCACAGAACAGGAAUCGAGCCAUUGCAUAUAAGGAACCUAGUGUGAAAUUAAAUGCAGUGGCUGUCACAGACUAUGCAGGGGAAUGCUUGCAGUUGGACGAGCAGGUUGCCAUUGCUUCUGACGUAGGUGCCUGGCUCAGUAAACUGCACAGCAGCCUACGUGCUUCAUUAAAUAACAAAAUCUACAAUGUCAUUGGAGACAUUAAUCAAGGAAUGGCUAUAGAUGAGUGGACACAAAAGUACCCAACCCAAGCCGCAGUUCUUGGCCUGCUUUAUUUAUGGACUAAAGACUUUGAAAGCUCCAUUUCUGAAAUAAGACAGGAUCGGAAAGCCCAGUCUCGUAUACUCAAGAAAUAUACAGCGAUGGCCAUCAAACUGUCUGCUAUCACUGCUAAAGGACACUGGAAAAAUAUGGAAGACUCAAUCUCCCAGUCACAGAGGCUAAAACUGGAAAAUAUUAUCAUGCAAGUACUUUAUCUUCGUGAUGUCAUGGACAAUAUUUUAUCCCGGAAACUACGCGAGACUGCUGAUUUUGAUUGGAGAAGAACUAUGAAAUUUUACUUGAAGGAAAAAGACGGAUCAUCCAGACAUGAACUAAGUAUAUUGGAUGCCAAAUAUACUUAUGGAUGUGAAUUCUAUGGUGCCAAAAUCCCUGUUAUUAUGAAUCCUGUAACUGAGAAAUGUUUUUUUAAAAUAUCUCAGAUAUUGCAGCAGUGUAAUGGUGUAAUCCUUCAAGGAGACCAUGGUGUUGGCAAAACUGAAACAAUAAAGGGACUGGCAUAUUUACUGGGAAAUUUUAUUUACACCUUCACGUGUUCUUCAGCGACAGACAUAGCAGCUCUGAGCAGAGUAAUAGAUGGAACAGCUCUUGAUGGAUGCUGGAGCUGCUUUGACGAUUUUCAUCUCCUCCCUGAGAAUGCAGUCUCUGUGUUUAUGCACAGUUCAAGAUCUCUUUAUGAUUCAAUACAAGCAAAACUACCCAAAAUCGUCAUAGAAGAUGGAUCCCAGAUUGAAGUACAAUCCCGUUGCAGCGUAUUUCUCACUGUCUCCAAAUCUGGAUUCCACAGUCUCCCGAAGGAUAUACUGGCUGUCUUUAGAGCAGUUUCUUUGGUUCUUCCUGAUCACACAAUAAUCCUUAAGGCCAAACUUACCAGCCUUGGCUUCAAAGGCCCAAAAGCCCUGGCCACAAGACUACAGCUCACUUCAGAACUGCUUAAGGAACAACUCCCAGAGGAAUCUCACUGUCAUUUCAGUUUACGGGCUAUGCUAGAAGUUAUAAACUGGGCUGUUCAACGCAGAGAGAUGGAAAAUAUGAUAAAUGGUCGUAUGGAGACCGAUGGAGGAAGAUUCUCCCGAUCUAGCAGUGUUAUGUCAUAUCAACAGUUUACAGCAUUUGCAGCAAGUCCUGUGCCCAGUUUAAAAACUGGUAACAGUGCAGAGCGAAAUAAGAAAGUAAUCUCAACUAACCCUGUUCUUACCGCUGCAAAGGAAAGCCAUGCAUUGAUAGCUGAUUCACUGCAGGACAUCAUUGGCCCAAGAAUGACUGGUGAUAGUUAUUUGGUGUUUAAACAAAUUGUUGGAGAUGUGUUUACGGGAAUGUAUGACCCAUCAGAGACCAGACAGAUCCUCCAGAAGGAAAUCGAAAGAGCCAUUUUAUUGAAAUCAGAAGAAAAUAAAUUGUUUCCUCAUUCUCCGUGGCUCAGUAAAGUCAAACAACUAUUUAAUUUAUCUCUAGUAAAUUCCGGUGUAAUUGUAGCAGGCCCACCGGCUUCUGGAAAAAGUUCAUGCAUUAGCAUAUUAAUUCAGGCUCUUAAUCAUAUACAAGUCUCAAGUGGAGAAGCAUCACAUAAAAUUGUGAAAAUUCAUCCUCUAAGUGUCGACAACAGGACUUUGAUGUUUGGUGGUCUGAAUGCAUCAAAUAUGUGGCAGGAUGGAGUUAUCAGCUAUUCGUGGAAGAAGGCAGUUCGGAAUCACUGUAAUACAUGGCUCUGGUUUGAUGGACCUCUGAAUGGCAGCUGGGCUGACAACUUUAACAGUGUACUUGGACCAGAGACAGUUUUACAGCUCAGUAAUGGGGAUUACUUGGAACUUCCAGAAAAUCUGAAAUUGAUUUUUGAAACAACUGGUUUACAAACAGCUUCACCUGCAACCCUGACAAAAGCAGGGAUAUUGUAUAUUGAAAACGAAGCUGUUGGUUGGAGACCUCUGUCCAAAAUUUGGCUAGAUGGAAGAAACCAACAAGAAAAUGCUGUUCUUUCAAAAGCUUUCUACCGGACUUUGGACCCCAUCUUCAAUCUUAUGCUUCAUGAUACCAAGCUGAUCGUUCCAGUAACAGAAGUUGGCUUGUUCCAUUCUGUUACAAGCUUACUGACAAUCAUGCUGAAUGAUAAGGCUCAGAGUAUUGGCGGACAGCUGCAUAUUGAGAGGCUUUUCAUCUUCUGCCUUAUCUGGUCAGUAGGAUCUCUCAUUGAAUGUGCGGAAAGGAAGAAGUUCAGUGAUCUACUCAAGGUCUAUACAUCAGUUUUGCCAGAUGAUGAGCAGGAGAUUUCGGUAUUUGAUUAUUUUCUUGACGAAUCAGGAGAGUGGGACACAUGGCAGUCACGCUUACCAGAUAUCACAUAUGUUGGCAACACAGACAUCAUGGGAGAAAUGUUCAUUGAAACCCAAGAUACGGUUAUAGUGCGCACUUUCUUAGAGUAUGCCAGCAUGGGAUCCCAACAUGUCUUACUAACUGGACCUGCCGGGUGUGGGAAAACAGCAUUAAUGAAUGACUUCAUUUCUACACAAGACCGGACACGCACAUUGCUUAAAAGAAUGGUGUUUUCAGGAUCUUCAAAGGCCAAAGAAUUCCAAGAAUUACUAGAGCAAAAUUUAGUCCACAGGCAAGGUUUCAUAUAUGGUGCAAAAGAUGGGAAAACUCUGCAGUUAUUUAUCGAUGAUCUGCACCUUCCUACACCUGAUGAGAAUGGGGUACAGCAUUGUAAUGAGCUACUAAGAAUGCUUCUUGAUGACAAGUCUCUGGUGAGAUUCAACAAACCUUUUGAGUGGCAAACCAUAGAAGGGCUCCUCGUAAAAGCUGUAAUGGGUCAACCCAAAUAUGUCAACAAUGCCCAUAGAGUUUCAGCUCAACGGCUAUUGCGGCAUUUUUCCAUAUUCCAUCUACCGAAUCUAGAAGGCUCCCAGCUACAAAAAGUGAUUUUCUCCAUACUGGAAGCAAAUAUGGGUGAGAAAGAUGGCCUUUCUCUGCAAGAAGAUUUUCAGUUAUCCUUGGCAAAAGCCUCAUGCCAUAUUUUGGAAUCUGUUAGAAAUAUCUUAGUUAAUUCCUCAACACCAGGCAGACAGCACUAUCUUUUCUCUUUGGGAGAAAUAACCAAAGUAUUUCAGUCUCUUCGGAAGCUGUCCAAUGAAGAUCGUGAAGACCGUGGCACUGUUGUAGGAUAUUGGGAGCAUGAAAUGAAUUGUGUAAUACGGGACAGAUUGUGCAGGCAUGCAGACAUCAGUUGGUUUAAAUCAGAAUUGACAACAGCCAUCAAAGAGUAUUUUCCAGACAUAACAUCAUCGGCACUUCAAAAAAUAUAUACAACAUUUCCAUUGGAAAUGAAGUCGUCUUAUCAAACCAGCACCAAUAACAAAGAUGUCAAGAUCUUGCUGCAGUCUCUUGAAAAACUUAAUGAUGUGCAGACCUUCUUGGAGACCAUUGUACAGCAUUACAACGAGGAGCUUGGACACCAAAAGCUGCAGAUUGAAUUGUCAGAGAAUGUUGUAAUUCAAGUGAUCCGUAUACACAGGGUCUUGUGUUCAGAGAAUAGUGGCAAUGCUUUAUUAGUAGGUUGUGUAGGAUCCCACCUGUCCACCCUAGUGAAGCUUGCUCUCUAUGUUGCUGACAUACCUCUUCAUCCAUUGGAUAUAUCUGGAAGCAAUGCCUUUUUGAACAGUCUGAAAUCAGCUAUUCAGAUAUCAGCAGUUGAAGGAAAACCAACAGCCAUUCUAUGCACUGGAGAAGAGCUGGCCACUGAGGGCUGUCUGAAUGCCAUUAACAGCCUGCUGAUUUGUGGGGAAUACUCCCCUUUGUUCACAACUGAAGAAAUGAAUGACCUCCUGCAGGUUCUGGGACCAGCAUUACGUAGGAAACAUCCACAUCUUGGUUAUGACCCAACCAAGUACUUUAUUUCUCAAGUGAAAUCAUAUCUACGAAUAAUAGUCUGUAUUUCUCCAUACCAUGAACUUCUGAAGACCGCCUCAGGAAAAUAUCCCGGAUUUUUAACUGGUUGCCAGCUAAUCUGGAUUGACAGCUGGUCACAAGAUGUUAUUAACAGGGAAGCCAAGCACUACAUUAUGCAACCCAAGAUUAUGGAAGCCCACACAGAGGAAACCCGUGAGAAUGUAGCAACAGCGAUUACCUUGAUUCAUAGUUAUAUGCUCCAUCAAAAUGACCAGGUUCCAUGGACAGGAAAUAGUAAUGCCAGCAUAAUUUUCAAGGGUGCGGAUGAGGCUGGCCAGAGCAACUGUUCACUCAGAGAUGUGGGUCCUGCUCAACUUCCAUACUGCAAAGAUAUUACUCAGGAAAAACUCAGGCUUCUACUUUCAAAGGAAGCGCCAAUGACAGACAAAGUUUUUAUUGGUCCAAGCACAUUGCAGAUGUUCUUGGAUAACUUUAAACAUAUCUUCCUAAAGAAAGCGGAUGAACAGCAUAAAACCAAUAAUCAGCUGAAGCAUGUACUUGAGACACUUACUAAUACCAGGAUGGAUGCAAAGAAAACUCAGGAAAGCAUUGGUGGUCUUGAAGAAAAAUACAAGAAAGCACAAAUCAUGGUUUCAGAUAUUUUAGAUAAACUUAUCACAAAGACUUCUAUGUUGGAGCAGCUUAAAGCUGUAUUAGGCAUUGGAGAUGAGACGCUGCAAAUUUUCCUUUCACAAAAUGAAAAUGAAUUGGACAAUUUUGAUGAAAAUGAUGACUUGUUAAAAGAUGAUGGUUGUGAUGAAUAUGAUGAAGCAUUUUAUCGCAUGAAAGAGGCAAGUAAAAAGUCAUAUCUGCACGAUAUCCAGCAAAAGAUCGAGAAAGCAGCUGAUGAGCUAGAGGAACUCAAGAAACACCAAAGAUCCAUAAAGAAUGAGGUGAUGCACUGGUGUAGUAAAGUAGACAAACCGUGUGUUGAAAGACUCGUCCGAUGCCAAAAUCCCCCAUAUCUAGUUGCUCAGAUUCUGGAAAUGGCAUUGGUCAUGAUCAGUUGCCUCUCUACAGCUGAAAACAUUAAUGACCUUCAAAAAUCUCCUGUAAAUGAGAAGUCAGAAAGUAGAGCUAGUAAAAGACUCCAGCCUUCUCCUGUAAGCAAAUCAACUCCAUCCAAGAAAGGUAUGAGAGAUCCUACUGACAAGGUUGACAGAGCAAGGUGGAAGAACAUACAAUAUCAAAUUGGAGAAACCAGCAAAUUUGUCGACAUGAUACAUCAGAUUGCAAAGCUUGAAGAUGGACUACCAGAACAGACCUUAAAAGAUGUUGAGGCCUACCUUGGCAAAGCUAAAGAAGGGUCACAUGGUGUUACUGGUGAAGGAUCCUUGUUGGAAAAUGCUGCUCCUUAUGCAACUCCCCAGUCCAUCACGCCAGCCAAAAAAUAUUCACACAUUGAUUACAAUAAAAAUAAAGAAGCAAAAGGAGGAGGAAUUACUAUUGCAACAGCCCGAUACAGCUCGGAGGAUGCAGCAUCUCUGGUGGCAUUUGUUGUUGCCAUUGUGGAGUACACUCGACUUUGUGCACCGCUCAAGGAAUGUCAGAAAAAGUUGUCCAAUUUAGAAAAAGAGAAAGAAGAUCUCAUAUUAAAAGAAGCACAAUCAAGAGUGAUGCCAGAGAGCUUUGAAGAAGAGCCGGUAGUGUUGCGUCAUCAGACGCUAAGCGCGCUCACAGCAGAUGAUCUUCCUCCUCUCCAAAUAGAGGUGACAAAGCUCCAUGAAGAGUAUGAUGCUGCUGUCAAUCAUAAGCACCGACUUGAGGAAGAACUGCAGUCACACAAGGAGAAGCUUCAGACAGCUGUAAAUACGCUGGACAGAUUGAAAAUUCAAGAACAAGAAUGGAGAGAGAAUUUGAAGCAAAGUAGCAUUAGUGAUCUACUGACAAACUGUCUGCUGGCGGCAGCUUUUAUCACAUAUUGCCCUGCCCUCAGUGUGGGAGGGAGGAGGAGAGUUACUGAUUUGCUGUACAAAGUCUGUGAGAGCUGUGAUCUUCCCCUUCCAGAGAGAACGCUCCUGAAGGACCUGCCUCUCAUUCAGUUCAUGCAGUCUCCGAUUGAAAUCAAGACAUUGGAGAAGAGGGGCCUUCCAACAAAUCCUCUUGCUUUGAAUAAUUCAUGCAUUUUUUCAAAUACAACAGCCAGUAAUUCUUGGGUCUUAGUGAGCGAUCCCACAGGACAGGCUAUUAACUGGAUUAAAGGCCACUUGCCAGAAGAUACAGUUGAAACAAUGUACAAUACUCUGCUUUCUGAGAUGGACACAUGCCUGACAGUCGGACAAUCCCUUUUGCUGACUUAUUGUGAAAUACAAGACCUAUCUCGUGAUAUUCGCCUUGGGCAGAUUCUCCGUUCUAAAAGAGAAUUUACACAGCAUAUUUUGCCAUUCAAAAUGAUGGUGGGGGAACAUGAAGUAGAAUGCCACCCUUCUUUCCGUCUUUACCUGCAUACAACCAAAAUGCCACAAGAAGUUCCUCCAGAAGUAGCCUCUUUCUGCACCAUACUGUACUUCUAUCAGGACAGAGAAGGAUUAGUAGAGCAGCUGUUGGACAGAUUUGUUGAACUAGAAAAGCCUAGACUAAAAGAGGAACACCUACAACUGACACAGGAGUGCUUGAACAACAUGGUGACACUGUCAGCUUUGAAAGAAAAAAUAAUAGCAACUCUGCAAACUCAUGACUCACUCUUGCACAGUUUAUCGGUUACUAAGAAGUUGGGAGACUUGACACUGCAGCAUGAAGAAGCCACAGAAAUGUACAUGAAGACUGUUGCCUCAGAAGACAGCUUGUUACUUGCAAGAGGAGGUUUCCGUGAGAUCGCUGUACGGGGUGCUGUGAUGUUUGACACUACGAGAAUGCUCCAGGAACUUAACAGAAUGUAUGACACCAGUUACAGACAGCUGCUGCAACUAUUUGAUGUAUCGGUGGCUCAUUCAGAAAGGUAUUCACUGAAAGGAAUAGUGGCCUGUGUGACAAGUAACAUAUUCUCAUAUAUAUCAAGAUCCUUGCUGGAAAAGGAUAGGAUGGUUUACAACUUACUUGUCGCAUUUGAGGUGGAGGAGUCACUAGGACGAAUAAGAGCAGGUGAGAGAGAAUUCAUCAUGUCUCCAGAGCUAUGUGUCACAGUGCUACAAGGGAUGAACAGUAAGAUGUCGGAAUCACGUCAGCAGGCAAAAAAUCCAUUCGACUGGAUGAGUGAAGAGCAGUUUAAAAAUGUGCAGAUUCUUGCCAUAUACUUUGACUGGUUUGGAGACCUCUUUGAUCGAAUGUACAAAGACAGUAAAGACCUAACAUGGAAAACAUUUUGUGAAAGCGAACAGCCAGAAAAUCCUUCAAAGGUUAAAUGGCCUGAAGGAAUUGAAGCACUAAGUCCACUUCAGAAAUGUAUGGUUUUGCGAGCUGUGAGGAUGGACAGGAUACUACCAUCAGCCUCUAACUACAUAGGUGCUGCACUUGGAAAAAUGUAUGCAUCAGAUGUAGCCACAGAUCUUCAGACAACACUGUCAUGGAUGUCUCCACAUGAGCCAGGGUUACUCAUUUAUGGUGCAGAUUGUAUGUUGCCACGGACUCUACUUGAAGACUUUGCAGAAACAAAGAACCAAAAAAUGACUAUUCUCCCCAUUGGCUUCUCUGAAGACAAAACGAAGAAUGUCUUGAUUCAAGCAAUGUCUGAGGGUAGUUGGAUGCUAAUAGAGAACAUCCAUAAUUCUGCCAAAUUAAUGAUGUCAUUUGGAGAAAUUCUAAAGUCGAAUAAGAAUCCAGACAAAAACUUUCGACUGUGGCUUUCUGUGCAAGCUAGAGAAGAUCUGCCAACACCACUGCUGCAUUACACUGUGAGGACUAUUGUGGACACGCCAAUGAAUAUAAGGCGUGGAAUCAUUUAUUCUUGGAAGUUAGUUAACCAGGAGACGCUAGUUUCAAGUUCCCGUCCAGAAUGGCCAGCUCUACUACACAAUCUUUGUUUCUUGCAUUGUGCAACUCGCAUCAGAACAUUGUAUGGUGCCCUAGCAGGCUGGAAUUGUCCAGAUGCAAUGCGAUUUGGGUGGGCAGAAUUAACGGAAAGCAUUGAGGUCUUGAAGCGUGAAUUUAAAGAUGACCUUCAGAAUGUAGGAAAACUUCCAUCCUGGACUGCUGUGAGAUAUCUACUCUCAGAAGUAAUUUAUGGGCGCAAUGUUGCAGAUGAAUUCGACAUGACAGUUUUGACAUCAAUGACUGAUUACUGGAUCAGCCCAAAUACUAUGAAGAAAGACAGCGAACUCACUAAAUUAAAAUUCAGAAUUCCAUCACCUUUCUUUAAUCCGGAUUCAAAUCCUGUUUUGCUGACACAAGCCCUGGAAUCCAUUCCUCAGUAUUCAUUAGAUUCUCCAGAAGCUUUCCAUGUGCACCCCUCUCCAACGGUUCCAUUCGGUGAACAGGGUUAUGUUAUCUCAAAGCUUGGCCAACUUUAUGGAUUCAAACAAGAGCCCUGGCGAUAUGGUGCAAAAUCUUUACCAACAUCUCAGAAAGGUGUGAAACCAGUUACAUUUGCAAGUCCCCGAUCCUUAUCAUUGACUCUACCAGAGAUUUUGCCUAGCUCUGCUGACAUCUAUAUACCCAAGCUGUCAGAGGUUCAAGACAUCUGUGCUUCCAUCUUGUCUAAACUACCACGAGGAUGGAGUCGGGAUUUUAUCAAUGACCGACUUAAAAAACUUGGAGGAGACACACCAUUCAAUCUGUUUUUAAAGAAGGAACUUAGCAAUCUUAUGUCACUGGUAUCUGAAAUUAGAAACAAUCUGCAGAUGAUAAGAAAUUCCCUGGAAUCAUCUGACAUUUUAGGAGAUCAGCUUUCAGAUCCUGACAUCAUUACCAUUGUCCAUGAAUUGUAUCACAAAAAACCUCCAGCACACUGGUGUAAAAGGGCAUGGAAUUCUUCUUGCCCGUCUGAUUGCUCGGUUUCAUACUUUAUACAAGAUUUACAGCAGAGAGUCACACACUUUGAGAAGCUACUUCAGUUUGGUCGUGAAAAAAUGCCAAUAUAUUGGCUUGGAGCAUUUCGUAAUCCAAAAGGCCUACUAUCUGUACUGAAACAAGAGGCAAUUCACAGAUACUCAGAGAGAACUGGAAAUGUGGACUCAAUAGAUUUUAAAACAGAAAUUACACAAAGAGACAAGGAACAUAUUAGAGAUCCACCUCAGGAAGGAAUUUUUGUACAUGGAGUCCAUCUUUGGGGAGUGCACUGGAACAAGACUGAUGGAGAGAUUGUGGAUUCACCUCCAAAGCAUAGUCUGAAUAUCUUACCCGUUAUUCAUUUGCAGUGUUUGCCUACAUCAGAAAAGUCUGGGAUUCAUGAUACCCAAAAAUCAGAUACAUACUUAUGUCCAGUGUAUCUUUCAUCCACAUCUAGAAGAGAGCCAGUUUUCACUUUAGACAUUCACAAAGAAAACAUUGCUAGUUCUAGGUGGGCUCUGAGAGGUAUGAAAGCAACAAUACAUCCCUUUUGAUGUAUUCUCCAUUCUGCAUCCAUAGUAAUAUAUACAUUAUAUAUAUAU